AUGGGCAACCGCGCGGCGAGGCUGGCCACGCCCUGCUUCGCGUCGGGGGGGCGGUCGACGGUGGACGCGUCCGCCGCGGCCCGCGCGGUCGCGGCCGGCGGGGAUGGUGGUGGUGACUGCGUCGGCCAGAUUCUGAGCUUUGACGGCUAUGAUGCGUUCGACGGCGCCACCAUCCACGGCGUGCUGCUCCCGUCCAACCAGUCCACCAUCGGGACCGCCGCCUGCUCCUCCUCCAACUCCUUCUCCAACCAGCUGUCGCUCUCGGCGUCGUCCUCCUGCGACAGCUCCAGCUCCUUCUCCUUCCGCACGCUCCAGCCGGGGCUCUUCUCGGGGAGCCUGGACUACUGCGCGUCGCCGUCGUCGUCGUCGUCCGGGCCGAACUCGGGCGUGCUGUCUUCGGCGGCGUCGCGGCGGGGCGCGCGCACUGAAGAGGAGAUCAUGGCGGACCUCUACGCCACGCGGCGCCGGCGCCGGUGCCAGAUCGAGGAGGCCGCGUCCGGGAGCCCGCUCCUCGACCGCCUCCGCCGCGCCGUUGCGUCGGUGCUGCGCGUCGGCAGGCCGCCCAAGAAGCAGCAGCGCGACGAGCCCGCGGUCGUGACCACGGUGGCCAGCAACGGCGGCGGCGGCGCGAUCAGGAGCAACGGCGAGAACGGACACGCGGCGGAGGACAAGGUGCAGUGGGCGCGCGGCAAGGCAGGGGAGGACAGGGUGCACGUCGUCGUGUCGGAGGAGCGCGGCUGGAUGUUCGUCGGCAUCUACGACGGCUUCAACGGCCCGGACGCCACCGACUACCUCGUCGCCAACCUCUACGCCUCCGUCUGCCGCGAGCUCCCCACCGACCACGACCCUCCUCCGCCCGUCGACGAGCAGUGGCGGCCGCCGUCGUCGUGCGACGGCAGAAACAGCGCCGACCUGAUCCGGCGGCGGGGGCGGCACGGCGCGGUGCUGGACGCGCUGGCGCGCGCGCUGCGGCGCACGGAGGAGGGCUACUUCGCGGAGGCGGAGGCGCGCGCGGCCGAGUGCCCGGAGCUGGCCAUGAUGGGGUCCUGCGUGCUGGUGCUGCUCAUGAAGGGCGCCGACGUCUACUCCAUGAACGUCGGCGACAGCCGCGCCGUGCUCGCGCACCGGGCCGAGCCCGACCUCACCAGCGUCAUCAUGCCGCCACGCCACCGGCGCCAGCACAGCGCCGACGGCCACGGCCACGUCACGGAGGAGAUCAGGCGGCAGUUCGACGAGUGCGACAUGACGGAGCUCGUCGCGCUCCAGCUCACCAUGGAGCACAGCACCACCGCCUACAAGGAGGUGAAAAGGAUAAGGAGUGAGCACCUUGAUGAUCCUGCCUGCAUAGUCAAUGGCAGAGUGAAGGGCUCCUUGAAGGUCACAAGAGCAUUUGGAGCUGGCUACCUAAAAGAGCCGAGGUGGAACAAGGCUCUCUUGGAAGUUUUUCGGGUGGACUAUGUUGGCGUCUUGCCUUACAUUACUUGCAAGCCGUUCCUCCGACACCACUGCCUCGGGCCGCGGGACAAGUUUCUUAUCCUCGCCUCGGACGGGCUCUACGAGUACUUCACCAACGAGGAGGUGGUGGGGCACGUGGAGGCGUUCACCUCCAGGUUCCCCGAUGAGGAUCCUGCCAAGUACCUCAGCCACGAGAUCCUCCUCCGCGCCGCCAGGCAAGCCGGAAUGGGGUUCCAUGAGUUGCUCGAGGUACGGCAAGGGGAUCGGCGACAGUACCAUGAUGAUGUCUCCAUCAUCAUCAUCUCAUUGGAGGGGAAGAUAUGGAGAUCUUCAGCCUGA